UUCGAGAACUGCUUACGGUCCAGUUCGAGCAUACCGAAGAAGCUAUUCUGAAGAGGGGAUUAUGGUAAUUUAUGGGCUUUUAUUAGUUAUAUUAACUGGUAAACGCGUAGGCAUAUUUAGGAAGUUGAUGAACAAUCGUAUCUUCUUUCAACAUCCCGAUCUAAUGCGACUGCUCUCCGUCCAUGAAAAUGUGAUGUCCAUAAUGAUGAACAUCCUUACGGCCCAACAAGGUGCUGUUGAACAUGAAGGAGAAGAACUCAAGGAAAAAACACCCGUUAAGGACUCGUCCGAAAUGGUAGUCGCAUGUUCUCGAUUCCUGUGCUAUUUCUGUCGCACCUCUCGCCAGAAUCAAAAAGCCAUGUUUGAGCAUCUGUCCUUCCUUCUCGACAACGCGACUAUGUUAUUGGCAAGGCCAAGUUUGAGGGGCUCAGUCCCUCUGGAUGUCGCUUACUCUUCGUUUAUGGACAAUAACGAGUUGGCCUUGGCAUUGAAGGAGGAGGAGUUGGACAAAGUUGCUGUAUAUUUGUCAAGAUGUGGACUUCAACCUAAUUCAGAAAUGAUUGCUAAGGGAUAUCCAGAUUUAGGAUGGGAUCCUGUUGAAGGAGAAAGAUACAUUGACUUCCUUCGUUUCUGCGUUUGGAUAAACGGCGAAAAUGUGGAAGAAAACGCCAAUCUGGUGAUUCGACUUCUCAUCAGACGUCCAGAAUGCCUUGGUGUAGCUCUAAAAGGCGAAGGGCAAGGAUUAUUCGCUGCGUUUAAGGAAGCUAUCGCAUUGUCUGAGGACAUUCGCGUCUUGGAGGAAGAAGGCGAAAAUGCGACCAUGCUGAAAAGCGGUCUGCUUGGAGAGUCUCCCUCAUAUCCCUCUAAAGACGCUGAAGGUGAAGACUACCUGGAUCUGGGAGCUGCAACGCUUGAUUUCUAUUCGUCACUUGUGGAUCUAUUAGCUAAAUGCGCGCCUGAUCCGAUGGCUAUUCAGGCUGGCAAGGGUGACUCGCUAAGAGCUCGCGCUAUUUUGAGAUCCUUGAUUUCUCUUGACGACCUGGGACAGAUUCUCAGUCUUAGAUUCACUAUACCAAAUUUAGCCUUGGCUGCUACAGAUGACAAUGGUCCAUUACCUGGAUUACUGCCCAAUCACAAAGGGUCAGUUCUCUUGUUCUUGGAUCGCGUGUACGGUAUCGAUUCACAAGAUAUGUUGUUCCAUUUCUUGGAGCAAAGCUUUUUGCCUGAUCUACGGGCAGCUACCAUGAUGGAUUCGUUCAAAGAAAAAAACUAAAU